AUGUGUUUAAUUUCUACGUUGGUGUUAUUUUUUCUCGCCCUGAGUGAUCGGCGUUAUUGUGUCAAUACAUGUUUAUUUUCCUCUUCUUUCUCUUCAUGUUGCCUUGAUUUACUUAACCUCCUUUUCUUUCUUUCUUUCUUUCUUUCUUUUAGACAGGUUUCUCUUCCUGUUCUUUCUUUAUCUUUGUUAUGUUGCCUCCAGUUACUCAACCUCCUUUUCUAUUUUACAUAUAUUUCUUACUUACUCACUUUCUUUCUUUCUUUCUUUCUUUCGUUUAAACAUGUUUCUUUUCUUUUUCUUUCUUCCUUUUUGAUUUGCCUUGAGUUACUCAACCUCCUUUUUUCUUUCUUUCUUUCUUUCUUUCUUUCUUUCUUUCUUUCUUUCUUUCUUUCUUUCAACACCAUUUUGUAUUCUUUCUUUUCCUUCCUUCAUAUUCUCACAUUGAUAAUAACUUACCAAUUUCUUUCUUUAUUUUUUCUUUCGUCUUUUUCUUAUUAUUUCUUCCCUUACAUUAUUACACAUUUUUCCUUUCAGAGACUUUUUUUUAUUCAUUUACUCUUUUCAUUUCGUUGUAUUUUGACUUUCACAGAUCUUUCUUUCUUUCUUUCUUUCUUUCUUUCUUUCUUUCUUUCCGUUCUUUCUUUCCGUUCUUUCUUUCCGUUCUUUUUGCUACACUUUCUAUCUUUCUACCGUUUCAGCCUUUCCUUCUUCAUCACUUUGUUCUUUCUUUCUUUCUUUCUUUCUUUCUUUCUUUCUUUCUUUCUUUCUGCAUCUCUUUCUUUGUUUUUGUCUUUCUUUUUGCCUUUCUUUCUUUGCUUUAUUUCCUUUUCUUCUUUUUUUCUUUUUUAA